AUGGUCUAUUUCACAACUUUGCAUAAAAGCACUUUCUUGAGUUGAGUGCAUAUUCAUCUGGUAGCGACCAUUGUUAACCCAACACCUAUUGAUCUCAUCAAGGGGUUCGGAUCUCUUGGGGUAACGACAGUCGUUUGACCCCGGUUCGAAGUACUGACCCAGGCAAACUCCACAUUUUCCUCAAUAACAUGUUGCCUAUAUCUCUGUCAAUUAUUUUGUCCCUCCACUCACACACCUCUACCUACCUACAAAUCACACACACACACACACACACACACACACACACACACACACACACACACACACACACACACACACACACACACACACACCCACCUACCUCUACCUACCCAUCACACACACACAUACACACCAGCUCCAGCUCAUCUCUGCUCAGAGAGGCAGACCUCAUGCGCCAGGGGGGGAGCUCAUAUGUCCUCAGGAUCCUAGGGGUGUACCAGGGACGGCCCCCAAGCUCCGGCCCCUCCACCCACCUGGGGCUGGUCAUGGAGUUUAUGGAGAGGGGGUCCCUGGCGACCCUCCAGGAACGUCUCUCCGGCCCCCCACCCUGGCCCCUGUCCUUCCGCCUGGCCCACCAGGUGGCUCUGGGCAUGAACUUUCUCCACCACCUCGAUCCGCCCCUGCUGCACCUGGAUCUCAAGCCCAGUAACGUGCUGCUAGAUGACAGCCUCCAUGCCAAGCUGACAGAUUUCGGCCUAGCCAGGGUUUACCACAGCAUUUCCAAAGCGAACAGGAAGGACACGGGAGAGGAUGGCGGUACAUUAAGUUACAUGCCACCAGAGGCUUUUGACAUGACAUACAAGCCCACCCACGCCUCGGAUAUCUACAGCUAUGGCAUACUACUGUGGUCCAUUAUCACGGGAAAAGAGCCAUAUCCUAACGCCCGGUCCAGUUUGGUGCGGUUCCGGAUCCCCCAGGGGGAUAGACCCUCUCUGGAUGCGUUGGACAGGGACCAGGUCGAAGGGCUGGGGGAACUGGUGGACCUCAUGGAGAGAUGCUGGGAUACAAAGCCCACCCUGAGACCCACAUUCCUGGACUGCCUUGCUGUGACAGAGAAGAUGUACGAGAAACACAAACAAGGGAUAAAUGAUGCCGUCCAUCAAGUGCAGAAAAAACUGGACUCAGAGAGUGAGCAGAGUAUUACAUCCUCUGUUGCUGCCCUUCACAUCUCACAGCCAUCAGGAAUUCAAAAACACAAAGUGAAAAUCUCUGAUUGUGUGAAGAGUGAACCUCCCCCAACACAGGAAACGACUGGGAGAUUGACCUCGAAACAGAAAUAUAAAGAGUAUCCAUCCCUUCAGCACACAACCCAGCCAAUGAGAUGGCCAGAUGCAGAUCAGGUUACUUCUUCAACCAAUCACACACCAAAGAUGUUCCCCCCUGUAUUCAAUCAUGACUGCAAAACAACAGCUUCCCGCUCUGCAUCUAAUCAAAGUUCAGCGGUCAAUUUUCAGCGCCUGUGUUCCACUCCAGUUACCACAUCCAGUUAUACCACAGGGGGAUUCUCCAUCAACAUGAGCAAUGUGGAAGGACUGCAGAUUGGUGACAAUAACAACAUGUUCAUCAGGUCGCCACAUCUCAGUAAACGCCACAGAAACCCCACAGCCCCAUCUAGAGUUAACUUCACACCAGUGAAGCCAAAGAACCCUAAAGCUCCAGAACCAUGGUGAAGUCGCCAACACUCCCAGCCCUAUGCCCGUGUACGAAUCCCUGCCAGAGACCGAGGUUCACUCUUUGUCUCUCAUCUUAACCUGUCAGCCCCUCUGUUUAUAGUCUGUCUGUAAUAAAAACACAAAAUAUUGAGAUUCACUCUCCUUAAAAAAAAAAGAAACCAUAAAUGAUAAUUAUCUUUUUUUAUUACUUUUUUUGUAACAUUUUGAAUGAUGAAAUCCUGUGCAGCUAGAAAGCAUGGAUUGAUUGUGCAUGUCUGCACUGACAUCCUAAAGAGACUAUCUUUAAUAUCUUUGCAUUAAAAAAAGUUCUCAAUUUGUUGAGCUUCAGGAAAGUCAAUAAAAAGCUCAGAUUUACAGAAUGA